CCGGUCCCGGGGUGAGCAUGGGGACUCCCGUGGGCGCCGCCUCCCGUCCCACGGGCGCUGGAAACCUUGAAGGCGUGGGGACCCCUCCGGGCCUGCAGACUGACUGCGAGACGCUGCUCAGCCGCUUCCAAGAGAUGGACAGCGUGCGCUUCGAGGACUUUGCGGAGCUCUGGCGUAGCAUGAAGUUCGCGACCAUCUUCUGUGGCAAAAUGAGAAAUUUAAAAAAGAACAUGUUUGCAAAAGAAGCUUUAGCUUUGGCAUGGCGCUACUUUUUGCCUCCACACACAUUCCAGAUCAGAGUUGGCGCUCUGUAUCUUCUGUACGGGUUGUACAACACACAGCUGUGCCAGCCAAAACAGAAGAUCAGGGUUGCCUUGAAGGAUUGGGAUGACGUCAUCAGAUUUCAGCAAGACUUGAUAAAUGCACAGCAUUUCGACGCAGCCUUUGUUUUCAGGAAGCUUCGGCUUGACAGAGCCUUCCACUUCACAGCGAUGCCUAAGCUGCUUUCAUGUAGAAUGAAGAAAAAAGUUCAACAAACUGAAGUGACACAAAAAUUUAAGGACCCAAAUGAUCGUGUAAUGAAACUUAUCACUUCUGAUGUAUUGGAGGAAAUGCUGAAUGUUCAUGAUCAUUAUCAAAAGAUGAAGCAUGCUAUUUCUGCAGACAAGUCCAUGCCAGACAAAGCUCUCAGUCUGGUAAAGGAGGAGUUUUUCGACAACAUUAAGAACAUAGUUUUGGAGCAUCAGGAGUGGCACAAGGAAAGGAAGAAUCCUUCCUUAAAACCCAAACUUAAAGAUGGAGAAGUGAAUGGCGAAGGCACUUCAGAGGAGCCGGAGAGAUGUGAAAGAGCAGUGUCCUUAGCGAAAAUAAAAGCAAAGGCGUUUUCAGCUGUUGCCCAGAUGUCCAAGUCCAGGAGGCAUCGGCAGUCCAAGCUUGACUCUUCUGACUCUGAUUCUGGGUCUGGACAAGUACAAGGCAAAGCAGCUAAGAGAAAGAGAACCAGAGAACCAGCAGAACCAGCAGAACCAGCCGGAAGGAAGAGGUCUUCCAGGAGUAAAGGUAGUAUUCCGAAUGAACGUAAGGAAGAAAAGUCUUUACGCCUGAGUAUGCCUGUUAUUACAGAGGAGGAGGAGGAAGAGGAGAUGGAUGGCUUCAGCAAAGCAGAGUUUACUGCACCCAAGAGGAAGAGAAAACAUUGAACCAGGAGGCUGGUGGAGUUUUAAAUUUUGAGCUUUCCAACAGAAGAAAUGGUGUUAUUUUGUGUUGUAAGCAGGAAGCAGCCAGUGAAGACUAAAUCUGAGAACAAGAUCAUUUCUGUGAAAUGGGAGAGCCUCUCAUAGGCCAAGAGUUGGAGCAAAGGUUUACUCUGAAGCUUAAUUUUAACAUUUUUGUUAAAAUUGUUAAAGGUCUGUAUGAGUGGAGAUAAAGUUUCUCUUACCUUUAAAAUGUAAUAGAGAGAAUUAUGCAUUUGUGAGCUAAUACUUUCUCCUGAAAGUUUUUGUGCUAUCACCAUAAUAUAGUACUGUAAUGUUUAUGAUUCAGCUUUAAAACAUUGUUUUAAAAUACUGUUUAUAUAUAAAUGACUUGUAUCUGUCACCUAGCAAUGGAUUUGGCUGUGGUUUUUGUUGACUAUUUUGUGUUUUAUGAUUAAGUGCAAUAAAAAUUUUGCCCUCUUGUUCAGUCUUUUAA